UUUAUAAGUUUAUAACAUAUAUUAUAUAAGAUAUUUUAUCAUAGGAUAAGAAAACUAAAAAUAAUUUUUAUAUUUUCUCAAAUUUCUAACGGAACCAUGGCGCCGGCUCACGGAACCCUUAGGUUCCGCGGAACACCAGUUGGGAAACGUUGCACUAAAUCCCAUUUCGUGUUUAACACUCCGUUUCAAGCGGUUAUCAACACGUUGUUGUUAUUACUAUCUAGAUUUUUCGAUUUUUGAUUGAAUUUUAAUUGUUUUCCGACUUUUUUGUCUCCAUUAUAUUCGUGCUGUUUAAAAGCCGCCGGUGUGCAUGUUUGUAUACAAAUUCUGUUUGGGAAAGUAUAUCUACGUACGAGGUAUGUAUACAUUUUGCAUGAAAAAUCUUACAGUGUGACUCUUAUCGAUUUACAUGUUUUAGGUUAAGCUUAUUCGCUCCAUUGUCCGAAUCCUGAAGUCAAACUAAAACAAUAUCAUGGGACGCAGGAAAAUUGAUAUAACCAGAAUCGCGAACAAAAAUGAGCGCUGUGUUACGUUUAACAAACGCAAAUUUGGUAUCAUGAAGAAAGCUUAUGAGUUAAGUCUAUUAUGUGAUUGUGAAAUAGCAAUCAUUAUUUUCAACAAUAACAACAAUAUGCUGUACCAGUUCACUAGUACAGACAUGGAUGAGAUAUUACUUAAAUAUACUGAAUUUAGUGAACCACACGAAUCAUUGACAAACACCAAUUUUAUUGCUCAACAAAAUAAGCAGAAAGACGAUGGAAGUUGUAAAUCUGUCGAUUCAUAUGUUAUCGAUGAACCUAAAGUGAAUACUAUAACUAGUAUAACUCAACCUAAACAAUCUAAAAUGAUAUCCACUACUUAAGAGAAAAAUCAAUCUAAACAAUUUAAAAUGAUAUCCACUGCUCAAAAGAUAGAAGACAUUGAUGCUUCUGGUAAAGCAUUCAGAAUUCUUAAGGCAC